UCACAGACCGGACAGAAUUCCUGGACAGAAAUCACAUCCACUCUUGGAAAAAAAUAAUAGUGCUAAACAACAACUCUCUGAGACCUGGAGGAAGUGGAUCUUGACAGCCAAUGAAAGUGAGCUCACAAAGGUGGAAUUUGAUUCAGAACUCUUUGAGAUAGCCAAACAUCGGAAACACCUGGAUAAAAUGGUAGAGAGCUACAGUGAUUUAUUUAUGUCAAAGAGGAAUGGGAGAACAGUGCUAACAAAGGGAGUUGCUGGAAUUGGAAAAACAUUUCAUACAAGGAGGUUCAUGGUCAAAUGGGCCAAGCAAAAAUCCAACACCCAUAUUGACUUAAUUGUUCCACUUCAUUUGGGUGAGCUGAAUGCCACAAUGGAUGAAGUUCAAAGCAUUGAAGAUCUGCUGAAUGGUUUUAUCAGUGAUGCUGAACGGCCGGACGUUUCCACCUAUGAGGAAUGUAAAGUGGCUUUCAUACUUGAUGGUUUGGAAAACUGUCGACUUCCUCUUGAUUUUCAAAAGAAUAGAAAGCUGACUAAAAUAACAGAGCAAGCAUCGAUGGACGUGUUACUGACAAAUCUUAUCAAGGGCAAUGUGUUUCCUCAAGCGGUGCUAUGGAUUAUCUCCCAGCCCUCAGGAGUCAAAAAGAUUCCUGAAAAAUAUAUAGACAAAGUUCUACUUUGUAAAGAGAUUGAUGCCCAACACAGACUUACAGAUAUUGGAAGAAACGGAAUCUUGGCCGCAUAUGAGACUGAACUGAUUGAAAUGGAGACAGAUUCAGAACUCUACAUGAUAGACACAAACAACGAAUUUGAAGAAAAACUGGUGGAAACCUACGACGAUUUAUUUACAGACCUGAAGAAAAAGACUGUCCGAACAGUUCUGACAAAGGGUGUUGCUGGCAUUGGCAAAACAUUUCAAACAAAAUUGUUCAUGUUUGAUUGGGCAAAAGGAAAGUCAAAUAAGGAUGUUGACAUCAUAAUCCCACUUCAGUUUAGUGAGCUGAGUAAGCGAAAAGAAGCUCUGAGCAUGGACAGUUUACUUGAAAGUUUUUUCCGUGACGUGGCAGAACCAGGAGUUGGCACCUAUGAAAAGAAAAAAGUGGCUCUUGUACUUGAUGGUUUGGAAAACUACGAGCCUCCGUUAGACUUUGACAACAACAUUGAACUCAGAGAUAUGAAGAAGCCAGCAUCAAUGGAUGUAAUCCUAACAAACCUCAUUAAGGGAAACCUACUCCCCAAAGCUUGUCUGUGGAUCAUCUCUCAGCCCUCAGGAGUUCACAAGAUUCCUGGUGAAUAUAUUGAGCAAGUCACAGAAUGUCGAGAAACCUUGAUGCGUCGGAAAAAACUUGUUUCAAGCCUGAAGAGAAGAUUUAUCCAAGAAUAUCCUGAUGGAGGUGAAGAUGAAGUUAGUCAUCCAAACCAGAAAAUAACAGAACACAUCAUGAGAAACGUCCCUGUUGAUGAGAUGACUGAUGAUGCGACAGGUGAAAAUACUGUGUUAAAACCACUGAUAAAAGUAAAUACUCUAUGUGACAUCCUCAAAAAUAGAGGAGAAAAGAAAGUCCGAACAGUGUUGACUGUUGGAGAACCUGACAUUGGGAAAUCCUUCCAUGUGCAAAAGUUUGUAAAAGCUUGGGCCAAAAAUGAAACUCAGCACUCCUUCUUCACCUGGAAUGACGACCACAUCAAGCCCAUUCUGGGACAAGCUGAAGAAGUUAUAUUUCCACUUGACUUAUUAAAGCUCAACUUAAUUAAAGAGAAGACCAUCAGUUUUGUUGAACUUCUCAACCAUUUCUUCAUUGAAAUCAAAACAUUUGUAAUCUCCAACUACGCACGGUUCAAACUUUUAUUUGUCUUGGAUGGACUGAAUGCAUGUGAACAUCUUCUGCACUUUGACAACAAUGAGACGGUGAUUGAUGUCAGAGAACAGGCCUCAUUGGAUGUGCUAAUAACAAACCUCAUCAAAGGAAACCUGCUUCCCACGGUCCAAGUGUGGAUUACUUCCCGACCCUCAGCAGCCGAGCAGCUCCCUGAUGACUUCGUCCACCGCAAGACAGAAAUUCGAGAGAAGCCUGAUUUUGCAAGUCAACGUAAACUCAGAGCCCAGCUGAAGGAACAUCUUACCUACGUCUCAGAAGGGAUAGAUCAGCAGAGAACAUCAACUCUCCUUAAAGAUAUCUACACAGAUCUUUACAUUGUAGAGGGAGACAGAGGAGAGGUCAAUUCUCAGCAUGAGUGUAGACAGGUUCAAGAUGCCAAGUUUAAACAAGAGCAAGAAGAAACGCCUAUCAGAUACUGUGACAUUUUUAAACCAUCACUUGUUGAUUCAGACAUCAAAACGGUGCUUACCCUUGGAAUGGCUGGGAUAGGCAAAACAUUCGCAUCAAUGAAGUACAUACUGGACUGGGUGGAGGGCACAGCCAAUGAAAACAUUUUUUAUACAUUUCCACUUCCUUUCAGAGAGUUGAACCUUAGAAAAGAGGAAGAACACAGUUUAGAAGAUCUGAUUCAUCAGUUUUUCCCAGCUAUGAAGACCUCUGAAAUAACUAACUAUGACAAGUAUGAAAUUCUGAUCGUUUUGGAUGGUCUUGAUGAAUGUCGCCUUGAUCUUGAAUUCAACGAAAGCCAUCAUUGUACAGAUGUUAGAAAGAAAGCUUCUUUAAAAGUUUUGUUGACAAAUCUCAUCCUAGGAAAUCUCCUUCCAAAGGCCCAGAUUUGGAUUACUUCUCGACCUGCAGCAUCCAACAACAUUCCUAUUGAAAAAGUGGACAGAAUGACAGAAGUUAGAGGAUUUAAUGAUGAACAAAAAGAGGAAUAUUUCUGGAAGAGAUUUAGUGACAAGGAACUGUCUGAAAAAAUCCUGAGACAUGUGAAGCAGUCAAGAAGUCUCUACAUCAUGUGUCACAUUCCUGUUUUCUGCUUUAUCACCUCAAAGGUACUGGAGGACAUUGUUCACCAAAAUCAAGAUGAUGGGCUGCCCAAAACACUGACUGACAUCUACACAUAUUUUCUGUUGCUCCAAUGCAGACAAGCUAAUGUGAAGUACAGUGAACAUGAAAGGUGUGAACAUUUUGAGGCGCAUUCCUGUUGGAAUUCCAGAAAUAAACAAACAGUCCUGUCUUUAGGGAAACUAGCCUUUGAGGCUUUAGAGACAGGAGACCUUCUCUUUUGUGAAGAAAGCCUGACAGACUGUGGUAUUGACAUCACAAAAGCUGCUGUCUUCUCUGGACUGUUUACUCAGAUCAAACGAGAAGACCAUGGCCUGUACCAGAAAAAACUGUUUUGCUUUGUCCAUCUGAGCAUUCAGGAGUACCUGGCAGCUCUCUAUGUAUUUCACACAUUCAAUACCAAAGGUAAAAAUUUGUUCAUUCAACCCACUUCAAGGUCCCCAUCCAUGUCUGCCUCAGCGUUCUAUAAGAAAGCGGUGGACAAGGCUUUAGAGAGCAAAAAUGGGGAUUGGGAUCUGUUUCUCCGCUUUCUGCUUGGACUCUCUAUGGAAAAUAAUCAACUUCUACUCCAAGAACUGCUGGAAAAGACUGAAGAUUGUGAAAAUAUCAACAAGGAAACAGCGGAGUACAUCAAAAAAAAGAUUAGGGAGGACAUCAAGGACCCAGAAAAAAACCUUAAUCUUUUUCACUGUCUUAAUGAGCUGAAUGACCACUCUCUCGUUCAAGAAAUCAAACAUUUCCUUCAAUCAGAAACAAAAUCCUUUGAAAAUUUCACUUCUUCUCAGUGGUCAGCUUUAACUUAUGUGCUCUUAACAUCGGAUGAGAAGCUUGAUGUGUUUGAUCUCAAGAAGUACCUGAAAUCAGAGAAAGUUCUUCUGGGAAUGCUGCCAGUGGUGAAAGUCUCCAGAACUGCUUUGCUGAGCUGGUGUGAGCUCUCUGAAGAAUCUUGCAGAGGUUUGAGAACCCUAGCCCUCAAUUCUGCUUCCUCAUACCUCACUGAACUGGACUUGAGUCAUAAUGAUCUGCUGGAUUCAGGAGUACAGCAACUUGCUGAAGGAUUAAAGAGUCUACACUGUAAAGUGGAAGUUCUGAAGCUAUCGGGAUGUCAGGUGACUGAGAAAGGCUGUGAUUUCCUUGCAUCCACACUUAAAUCCAAUAAAGUCUCCAAGCUAAAACAGCUUGAUUUAAGUUACAAUCACUGUGGAGACAUUGGAAUGAGUGUGCUCAACGCUUGCCUUGAUGACACAAAUCAGAAGCUGGAGACGGUGUGUUUUGACUCUAACGGACCACAUCGGUUACGGCCUGGGAUGAAGAAAUAUGCUACAGAUUUGAAACUCGAUGACAAAACUGCAGGCAGACGGCUUCUUUUGUCUGAAAACAACAGACAAGCAGGAACUGUCAUCAAGGUGGACAGUAGGGUUUCACAACAACAAUUUAAAUCCAAAUUUAAGAGGACCCAGGUAUUUUGUUCGGAGAGCCUAAAAGGCAUCUCUUACUGGGAAGUGGAAUGGAAAGGCACGGUUGGAAUUGCAGUAGCAUAUAAAACUGUGAGUAAGGAACAUGACAGCAGUGGUGGUCUGGGUUGCAAUGAAAAUUCCUGGAGUUUGCGAUGUUCCAAGACUGAAUGCACAGCCCUGCAUAAGAAGGAUUCACUUGAAAUCAAGAUGAGGCCAUGCCAAAAAAUAGCAGUAUUGCUUGACUGGAAGGGUGGUACCUUGAGUUAUUAUAAUGUGUCAUCUGGAGAGUUAAGUCUGAUUCACACCUUCUAUGCAAAAUUCAAAGAGGAGCUCUUUCCAGGCUUCUGGUUUGGCACAAAAGGCUCUAUAACUUUGUGUCACAUGUAAAAUAAUUUUUUACAAAAUAAUUGCAGUGAAAACUACUGGUAUUAUAUUGACAGCGGCAUGAUUUAAUUUUAGUUUUUUUGAAGCACACAAAUUAUUUAUUGUAUUUUACAUUAAGUGCUCAUAUUUUCCAUAUUAUGUCUCAAUUUAGUUUUUAUCCUUUUGCUAUUUAAAUACAUUAAUAAAGAGAUCUUGUUGAAACAUUAUAAUAGCAGAAAGAGAGAAAAUUUGUAAUGCUGUGAAAAACAUUUAAUCUUAAUUCUGGGUUCAGUUUAAACACAGUUAAGUCCUGUAGAAUCCAGGUAUAUAUGAAAGACAAACUAAAUAAAGAUCAAGAAAGAUGCAGUGUUAUGUUUUUGUGUUUAGGAAAAUGAAUGUGUUUACUGGAGUAAAGCAUUUAAUCUGUGUAAAUGAAUAUGGGGUAAAUAGUAACUGCACUGACAGUACUGUGUAAAUAUAUUGAAGCUGACAAACUCGUCAAGGACUCCAAUGGAAAAGUAAAACUAAGACAUGCUGGGCCAUGCCUACCAGAAACGUUGGAGGUGAUA